AUGGCUCCCAUACAACCCUCACAGGACAGCCUUGAUAGGCGAAAGACCGUCGGGGUCAAUGCCGAGACUGUCACCAAUAUCACAUCAACCGACUUCCCCGGUCACCAUGCGGGCGAAGACAACUCUUGGUCCCUCGACAGAUUCGAGAACAACUUGAAAAUCCUCUUCCACCAGAACCAAAAACAUGAAGCCACCUUCUCUCUUGUCGGGGUUGACGCCUCCGUGGCCAACGCUUUCCGCCGCAUCCUCCUCGCCGAAGUGCCCACCCUAGCCAUCGAGAAAGUCUAUAUUCAGAAUAACACUUCAGUGAUAGCAGAUGAAGUCCUCGCCCAUCGGCUAGGACUGGUCCCGUUGAAGGGAAGCCUGCAAGGCCUUGAAAGAUUUAGAAUCUUUGUCGGGGAGCAUCCUGACAGUGGCACCAAAGGCACGGGUCUGUCGGACAGGAACACGGCCGUGCUCAGCCUGAAGGUCAAAUGCGAGCGAAACCCAAAUGCCGAUAGAAAUGCCACCGAGCCAGAAGAAAAAUACAUCAAUAGCAGCGUAUAUUCGCGCCAUAUCGAAUUCACGCCCACGGGCGAACAGGCGGUGCUUUAUGCAAAAGAGCCGAUCCAAGCAGUCAGUCCAGAUAUAUUGAUCGCCAAACUACGUCCGGGUCAAGAAAUUGACCUGGUCAUGCACGCACACAUGUCGACGGGUGGUGAUCACGCCAAAUUCUCCCCCGUCGCCACAGCCACAUACCGCCUCCUGCCGACCAUAACCAUCACAAAGCCGAUCCUCGGCGCGGACGCCCGGAAGUUCCAAAAGUGCUUCCCGCCAGGUGUGAUCGACCUCGAACGAGUGACUCCCUCAGAUGCGGCAUCGGACGAACCGGCCUACCACAACCGCGAGGGCGACGAGAAGGCGGUCGUCAAGGACCCCAUGCGCGACACCGUGUCGAGAGAAUGCCUACGGCACGAAGAGUUCAAGGGCAAAGUCAAGCUGGGAAGAGUACAGGACCAUUUCAUCUUCAACAUUGAGAGCACGGGCCAGUUUCCCAGUGAUGUGCUGUUCUUGAAAAGCGUCGAUGUCUUGAAGAAGAAGGCAAAGAGAUUACUCAAGGCGUUGGAUGAAAUUGGGAAAUGA